AUGUCCUCCUGGUUAAGCCCGUUGAUUCGGUCGAGUCCGUUGAUCCGGUCUAUCUGGAAUCGUGUGGAACUUCCUAGUUGUGCGUGUGGUCAUGAAGAUGUGUUUCUGAUUACGGAUUCGCUUGUGCAUUUGGAAUGUGUUCUGGAUUACUUGGAGCGGGAAGCCAGUCAGUUGUCGGCAUGCGCGGAAGCAGUGCACAAGCCGAGCGACCCGAUACUAGAUCUUAGAGAAUUGGCAGGUGGAGAUGUCCAGGAGGGAAAGCUCGACCAGGAGGGAAGGCUCGACCAGGAGGCGAGAGAGACUGCUUUCGGUACGGUUGGUCCAGAAGCGUGUUUCGACACGGUGGAUCUGUACAUACCAGAUGCGCGUUUCGAAGUUGAUACGGUCGAGGUCGAAGUUGAUACGGGCCAGGCCGAAGAGCCGGGCCCGGCCAAAGAGGCGGUCCCGGGUGGUAGCGGGGGAGGGACGGAGGACCAGAGUGUUUCCCCGGAGCCAGUGCAUAUCGUGGCUACGUCAGGGACCUGUACGGCAGGGGGAAUAGAUGAGGAGAAAUUGCGGGUGUUGGUGGUCGUUUUGGGCUCGGCGGAGGUUCCGGAUAUUCCGGUGUUGCAGAAGUGCACGAUUUUAGUCCAGCAACCGCGGGGUCGAUUCCCGGCGAUGCAAGUUCGGUCGUUGUUGAUUUUAUUAGGCGGUAUGACUGAGUGGAGACUGAAGCGGCGGCGGGGGAAGGUGGUGGUGUGUUCGGAGGGUGCGGCUUCGCGAGAGUUGUUCGUCUACCUUGCGUUUCGACUGUUGUGUCGUCCGACUUGCGGCAACGGAAUAGGCGUGGAUCCGGCGUUCCUGAGUCACUGCGAAGGCUUGGUACAGCAACUCCGCAACCCGACGUCACCCCAGGCAUCCUUUGUCAACACAUUGACCCAUCCAAAGCCCGGGUUUUCUUUGCAGACACUCUUCACUAGUCAGAUGCUCGCACUCGCCUUCUUGAAUCAACUCUUCUACGCAGCCGCUCCUCCCCAAGCUGAGUUACAAAAGACUGGUGUCCCGGAACUUCCAGGUCCUACGCACCCAAAGCUGACGGCAGAUAUAAUGGAAAAGGCACUCAGGAGAUUGAGAACCGCCUCUGCCUUGGUGGACACGACCCCGUCUGGUACCUCGUCCAUUCAUAAUAAUGGAAUUCAUAACAAUGGAAUGCGAAUCACUCGAAUACACCUGUCUAUAAAGACCUGUGGACGCAGCGCCACAGAGAUGUUUGGAGACGAACACCCAACGUUGGAGGUGUGGACAGAUGAGAAUACGCUACAGUCCUCUCGACCCUCCCACACCCUUUCGCGAAGCAACGUGUCUGCUCACGUGUUGGGGAUGAAUAACACCCUCAUGAAAAAAAGCUUAAAUUUGAUUACCUGGGAAACGCAGCUGGAAGCCUGCCAUGCCAGUCAAGAUCUCAUGAUCAGAAUGCUCGGAGUCAAGUGGAUGAUACGGACACAAGUUAACACCCAUUGGAUUCAUCAGUGGAUGACGGAAGGAGGGGAUGAAGUGGUAAUUUUACCCAACAACCUCGCCUCCUUCUCACGAAUCUUUCCUGCCUUUGACGAGGAAACAUUAACACGGCCAAAGGGUAUGUCACUGAGCGGAACGGUAUCAAAUGGAGUCCAGGAAUCGAACGCAAUGCUAGACACCACGCCACGAAGCGUAGCCGCGAUGGAUGUGCACAGGGCCCUUCUUGGUACGCUGAGAUUGCAAAAUGAAGGGAUUGACGGAUAUGAUCUCAUCGGCCAAAACAACACCAUCAUCCUGCAAAUAACCUUUUCAACCUGA